AUGAGUAAGUCAAAUUAUAUGAGCUACAGUGACGAGAAGAGCUCGUCUAAGAGCUUUGGGUUCGAAAACAACAACGUGAAGAAUCAGGAGCUAGGGGAAAGGAGUAUCUUCUAUGACCACGAGUGGAAUCCCGAAGGCAAAGCUCCUAGCGGUUACAAAAAUGUGCCAUAUAAUCAAUAUACCUUCAAGCGUAAAUCUAAGGUUGAGCCUAAGCUCCAAGGAUUCAAAAGCAUCCCUUUCCCGUCCUCUGAAGAUAAACAACCAUAA